GCCAUCCUUCAAGCAAUAGAAUCAGACUUAAAACAAUCGAAACUGAGCCUUCAAGAUAUGAUCUUCCAGUUUAUCUAUUAUUCCGCCCCAUGUAAAUCCUCGGAAAUUAACAAAGAUAAACCUUCGCAUCUCACUUUAGAAAGAAGAUGUUAUAACCCUAACUACAAAUACUUAACGUUAGAAGUCGAUUGUGUAUUUAUACAACGAUAUCUAGACAUUCUGAU